AAACAAGGAGGGAGAGGCCUCGCGCAGGAGGAGAAAAGAAAGAGAGAGAGAGAGAGACAGAGCACACCGAAGUAAGGGAGAGUUUGUUGAGCAGAGUGACGCUUCAAGGAAAAUCACAAAUUCGACGGCCAUAGAGUCAAAAUCAGCCGAAGCCCCCAACUAGAGAGUGACAGUAGACUCAAAGAGCUUUCCAUCCGUAGAUAAUUCACUCCGCACAGAGAUCAGGAGGUCGGUCAAAAGGGGUCCGAAAACACCGUUUUUCGGAAUGCCCGCCGGUGAAAGGAUCAGCUGACACCCUCUAGGAAAGAGCCAAUUUCGGCGGAGAAAUUAAGAAACACGUAAUUCGGAGUGGACCAAGCCAACAAGCUUGACGUUGAUUGGAGGGUGAGGUCCGAAAGAAGCUGACUCCACCUGUUUGUGAGCAGAAUCCGAGGCUGUAAGGACACGAGAUCCUCAUGGACAGAGGGCAGAGUUUGAGAGAGAUAAAGAGAGAAGAGGAAGAGAGCACCGAGGGUGCAUCCACUUCUUCAUUCAUCUCUCCGGAAGCCGCAGUUGUAGGUAGUGGUCAAUACGACGUGUUCUUGAGCUUUAGAGGCUCGGAUACCCGCAAGGGAUUCACCGAUUACCUCUAUCACAGUUUGGUCAAGGCAGGGACUGUACCGUUUUGUGUGUUCCGGGACGAUAUCAACAUCCCAAUUGGUGAGGAAUUUGGUUCACAGAUUUUCGAUGCCAUCGCACGGUCUAAGAUUUCGAUCCCUGUCAUCUCCGAAAAUUAUGCUUCGAGCAAAUGGUGCCUCCGCGAGCUCAUUCGUAUCAUGGACCGCAAGAAGAGCACGUCGCACAUAGUGUUGCCCAUUUUUUACAAAGUUGCCCCAUCGGAGGUGCGGCAUCUAACAGGAAAUUUUGGAAAUGCCUUCCGUUCGAGUAAGGAGCGUUUUGACGAGAAGGAUAUCCGGGAAGGGCAAUGUGCACUUAACGAAGUCAGCUACUUACAUGGAUGGGAAUCUGAGAAAAUUGCCAACGGGCAUGAGGGAGAAUUAAUAGAACGCGUGGUCAAAACUGUUGUAAGCAAGUUACAGGAAGAUUUCCAGUUAGAUGUGCCUAAGCAACUAGUUGGACUUGAUGGUCGUUUGAAGGAAAUUAUGGAUUGGAUAGACAGUCCUUCCAUCAAUGCUCGAAUGAUUGGAAUUUAUGGCAUGGGCGGGAUAGGCAAGACAACUCUUGCCAAGUGCAUCUACAAUCAACUCUCGGAUAAAUUUGUGCAUGUCAGCUUCCUUCCAGAUGUUCGAGAAACUAUAAAGCGCCACGGUAUUACGCAUCUACAGAGUCAACUUGUAUCGGAUAUACUAAAGGGGAAAAAUGAAGUGUCUAGAGUUGAUGAUGGAAUUAAUAUAAUCAAAUCUAGAUUCCAAGGAAAAAAGGUUCUCAUUCUUCUUGAUGAUAUAGAUGACAAAAAUCAACUAGAUGCUUUGGCUGGGGAACGUAAUUGGUUUACGGCAGGAAGUAUGAUCAUUGUUACGACUAGAAAUAAAGCCGUUCUUGAUCAAUCUGAAUUCGAAGUAGACUACAGGUAUGAAUUGGGUGAAUUGGAUGGUGAGAAUGCUUUGCUUUUGUUUAACAGACAUGCAUUUCGUAUGGAUCAUUCUCCGUGGGACUUUAUGGAUAUAUCUCAUUAUAUCAUAUCCACCAUGGGUGGACUUCCCUUGGCACUUAAGGUUGUAGGUUCAUACUUGUAUAAAAAAACGAACCGAAAUGUAUGGGAAGAUGUGCUGAAGCAAUUACAAAGCCAACCACAUAAAGAUGUCCAAAAGAUGUUGGGAAUAAGUUAUGAUGCAUUAGAAGAUGACCAGAAGCAGAUUUUUCUCGAUAUUGCUUGUUCUUUAAUUGGCAAAGAGAGCAAAUUCGCUAUGUACAUGUGGGAGGACCGUGGGUUUUAUCCAAAUCAAGGAAUUGAAGAGUUGAAGUUGAGGUGCUUAAUUAAAAUUGGAGAUCAUGGUGAGUUUGAAAUGCAUGAUCAACUGAGAGAUCUUGGAAUAAGCAUUUUUCGCCAAGGGCACCUGCUUGGGAAACGUAGCAGACCAUGGGACAGGGACUAUGGGGGAGUCUCAAGAGUACUAAAUGAUCAGAGCUUCUUCUUGUUCAAAGACUUGAUGCGGAAAGCUUCAAGCGGUGACAUCAACGCACUCCUUUCUGAAGUAGGAUGGCUUCAGUGCAGUGUCUUUGGAAUCGAUUCGUCUCUUUGGCCGACCAAUUUGCAUCUACCAGAAUUAGCGGUGCUGGAUUUAACAAACACCGGGUCACGAGAGGAUUGGGAAGGAUGGAGUUCAAUCAUGAUGGCGGCGGAAAAGCGGCUACAAGUUCUCGAUCUUGGAGUUUGCAUAUAUUUAAGAUGUAUGCCUGAUCUCUCGGCUUUCACGCAGUUGAAGAUUCUCAUCUUGAGCAAUUGUUGGCAAAUGGGGUUUCUCCACCCUUCUAUUGGCCAACUCAAAAGCCUCGUUUCCUUGAACUUGAGUAGCUGUUAUAGUCUCAAUGAGCUACCAGAGGAAGUGGGCGAAUUAAAAGAUUUAGAAGAACUUCUAUUAGAUUAUGCUAGUGCUAUUUCAAAGAUUCCUACGUCUAUUGGCUCUCUAAGGAAGCUGGAGACACUGAGCGCCUGCUUUUGUGAUUCAUUGAGAGAAAUCCCUAGCUCAAUUGCGGAUUUACAGAAUUUGCAACGUCUGGACUUGAGUGGUUCUGCGAUUGAAAAGCUUCCUAGUGCUAUUGGAAGGUUGACAAAUCUGAGGACCCUACUUCUCCAAUCAUGCAAUAGUCUGAAAGGGGCAAUUCCAAGUGAAAUCGGUGACUUGUCUUCGCUCGAGAUUCUCGAUAUGGCUUUUGCACCGAUACCUGACCUGCCAGAAAGCAUCCGGAAUCUUUCUUCUCUCCAACGCCUUAGCCUAUUGGGCUGUAACAAUCUCCGGUCGCUGCCAGAGCUUCCUUCGGGCUUAACACAUCUGUUGGUCUCUUGUCAGAGUCCCAGGUUGCCACAGCUUUCUAGCCUAAUCCACCUAGAAGAACUUCAUCUUCAGGCGUGCAAUCUACUUCAAUACAUCCCCGAGCUUUCACAAUUAAAUCGUCUGAAACGCUUGCGCGUUCAGCAUUGCAAUUACCUAGUUGAAAUUGAGGGCCAUGAUUAUUUGGAGUUCUUGGAGGGCAUAUUUAUAGAUGACUGCAAUUCCAUCAAAAGGCUUCUCUGUCCAAGAUCACGGUGUUUGAAGCAAUUAGUGGCUGUCAGGUGCAGCAAUCUAGUCGAAAUUCAAGGUCUUGACGGUGCAAAGUUCUUAGAAAAAUUGGAUUUUACAGGAUGCAAAUCAAUGGAGGCUUUGCCAGAUUUGACGGGAUGUGAGAAGUUACGAUCUCUAGUAGUUAAAGACUGCAAGAAACUUGCUCAGCUUCGGGGACUUGAAAAGUUGGAUUUAGUUGAUUUGGAUAUUUCUGGUUGCGACUCAAUGGAAACGCUACCGAAAUAAUCUAGAAAGAAUACGCGUCCUUGGAAAUUAUGUAGAGAUCCGUCUCGAUAUCUCUGUUGAAAUAUUAUACUGUGGUGAUAAUCAUGUGAUGAAUCUUAUACCCAUAUUACAACAGUGAGACGAGUCAUGAUUCCUUAACAGAGGGUUCUGUACUUUCCUAAUUUGCUAGUCGUACGUAAUUGAAGGAGUGGUGGAUUUGGUCGUAGAAGCUUACAUGAUGCUUCAGCCAAGAUCAAAAUGUCAAUAGAAGGCAUUGGUCAUCUAGUUUGGUUGGUCCAUGUACUGAUCAAGGCUUACUUUGGGACUUCAAUUCAAUGAGCUGUAUCGAUGACCUUUUGCAUAAUUGGGACAAUUAUUUGCUUGUCUGUGAAAGAAUUUGCUAAUUAGUUUGCAUCCCGUUUGAUCCUAUUGUUGUCAUGGAAUUGUUUUAUCACAUGACUGAUUUGGGUGUGGCUAACUUGGCUGAGUUACUUCAAAUUCCAUACUUGAGACCAGUCAAAAUGAAGAAAAGGGAUUUGCAGAGGAAACAUCGGCAACAGCUGAGGACCAUCUUGUGUGCCAAACUUGAAGAGGCUCUGGGGCCACCUAGAGUGUCCUGAGGAAGUUUUGAUGCUUGUGAAGAAUCUAACAUUUGAUCUGGUCUCAACAGCACAUAACUAAAUGAUUGUAAAUGUAAAUUGAAUCUGCUUUCUGUAUGCUCAUUUAUGUCGCUGCUGAUUUUUUUGUAUGUUACCCUGAUGCAGAGUUGUUUGAUGUAGUUGCGUUCUAAUGAUAUCUCUCCUGAACUCGACGAGGCUCUGCAAAGGGAGGUAUGCACUACAGUGUCCUGAGGAAGUUUUGAUGCUUGUGAAGAAGAGGAAUUUUGCAAAGGGAGUAUCAGCAACAGCUGAGGCCAACUUGAAGAGGUUCGUGGGCCAACUAGAGUGUCCUGAGGAAGUUUUGAUGCUUGUGAAGAUCGAAACACUUGUUCUGGUGUCAACAGUACAUACCUGAAUGAUUGUGAAUAGUAGUUUGAUGAGGUCGCGUUCUAAUGAUAUCACUCCCGAACUCAAUGAGGCUCUGCAAAGGGAGAUUCAAGCUGCAUUUCAUUCAAAUUCGGAGAAAGUCCCCCAACGCAGCACGAAGGAGAUGCGGGCAGGAAUGAGCCGUCAUCAUGAGACAUUAUGGAAAGGCGUCACAAAGUUUCUCGUUAUUGGCGUUCAUCGUGUGCUCCCGUGUUUGUUAAGACUCUCCAUAGGAGACUUGAUAGAAAGCGACCUCUUCUCACAUGGUGUAGUAGUCCUUUGUGAGCUUUGACAUCGUGACAUUUGUUAGCAAAGCCGAAUCUCAAAGUGCUUGCAGGAAGACCGCGUGUGCAGGUGGCUCCGUAUGUGAAUUCAAGCAUAAAAUCGAAGUUGUCAACAAGAUCACCGCUCAGAUGUCCACUUCAAGCAAGAAUUUUGUUAUUGGGAGAGACACCUUUUUCAUGGAAAAAUCGAAUGCCGUGGAAUCAACAAAUAAUCUAUCAAUCGCAGCCAAGAGUUUCAGUGAAAAGGUUUCCAAGAAGACGGUCGUUUCUCAAUUGGAAGAAUUUUGAACACCAAAUAGAAGUGUUCAGUAGUUUCUCUGGUCUGGUUACAUCAGAAAAUGCAUAUAUUGGCAUUUUGCAGUCA